GUUUUGGAAGCUCCAGAGAUUUCAAACACAGCCACAGUUGGUACCUGUUUUUUUGUCAGCAGAAUGGUGGCUUUUGCAUAAUCCUUCAAGAGAGAGAUCGAGGUCCAUAUUCCUUAAUCCAAAAGACACUUUAAUAACUGAUAUAUAAACAGGUUGAUAAAACCUUGCCUUUGGUUCUUCGUUGUUAAGUACAGUUCGUAUUCUUCUUUGGUUGCUUCUUGCUAGGUUUUUAAUGAAUUUUAUUUGUUGGAUAGAUUGUUUCCUUAUGAUUGUUGUCUUCUUGAUUUCACCUUUAGCGAGUUGUAUUAUUGACAAUUUGAUAAUCAGGAUUGUUAUUGGCUAUGAUGAGGGAACCAUUAUGGUCAAAAUUGGUCGAGAAGAACCAGUGGCCAGUAUGGACAAUAGUGGAAAGAUUAUAUGGGCCAAACACAAUGAAAUCCAGACUGUAAACAUUAAGAGUGUGGGCGCUGAUUUUGAGGUUUGGACUGACUUCAUUAUACAUUGCCAAUAUAUUGUCUACUGGAAGUUGAUUUGCUUGGUGUGGCCAUAAUACUUUGUGUUUUCUUCCCCCAUACCUGUCUCUUCACUAGGUUACUGAUGGAGAGCGAUUACCUCUGGCAGUCAAGGAGUUGGGAACAUGUGAUCUUUAUCCACAAGUGAGUUAGGAUUCAUACUUGUUCCUCUGCUGUUCUUAUGUAGUAAGAACUUAAGGUGCCUGUAAUAUCGAGAUUCUGCAACUAGAGGAACGAACUUAUGUUUGAUCUAGUUAUCUGGAUUGAUGCAUAACUUAUGAAAUCAGUUAUAAGAAGACAUUGAAAAGCACAGCUGUCCUAACUCCUAAGCAUAGGAAAAGGUUGAUAAGUAGCCAGUCUUUCUCAGGUUCAAUCUGUGGGAGUGGCGAAGUUAUCAACCAUUAUUCUAACUUCACUAUUUCGUAAUUAAUUCAUUUUUCUGGCAGUGCUUGCAUUCACUUAUUAUUUUGUACUCAAUUUUCUGCAGAGCUUAAAGCACAAUCCCAAUGGUAGAUUUGUUGUUGUUUGUGGAGAUGGUGAGUAUAUUAUAUAUACAGCUUUAGCAUGGAGAAACAGAUCAUUUGGUUCUGCCUUGGAAUUUGUUUGGUCUGCGGAGGGUGAAUGUGCUGUCAGAGAAAGUACAUCAAAGAUUAAGAUCUUCAGUAAAAAUUUCCAGGUAAGCCCUGUUAAGUAUUUCAGCUCAAUUGUAUGCAUAUUUGAAUGGGGCGUCACAAGUCGCCUAAUUCUGUGAUUGCCAUUGAAAAUAAUAUCGACUUCCUUGGUUGACUGUCUUGUUUCUUUGGGGGAUAAUGUCUUCUACUUUAUUUUUUAUGAGUUGCUUGUUUGUGCAAGCACUGUGUCCUAGCACCCAACUAUUGCAUUUGUUAUUGGAUACAGGUCGACAUUUGUUUUAGUGCCAUUGCCAACUUUAUUCAUGCUAUUAUGUUACUUGUGGUGUUCUCUGUUGUAAAUUUGUAACGCUUAUGGGCUAGCAUAUAUUGUGCUAGAUUCCGAUUUUGUGAUUUCAUGUGUUGAGGACAUGUAAGUUCUGUGAACUAAAAAAGAGGUGCUCAUUCAGGAAAAGAAGAGUGUGAGGCCAACCUUUUCAGCUGAGCGAAUUUUUGGAGGCACUCUAUUGGCUAUGUGCGCGAAUGAUUUCAUCUGCUUUUACGACUGGGCUGAAUGCAGGCUAAUUAGGAGAAUCGAUGUCACUGUUAAAAAUCUUUAUUGGGCUGACAGUGGUGAUCUAGUGACUAUUGCAAGUGACACGUCGUUUUACAUCCUCAAAUACAGUCGUGAUGUAGUUUCAUCUUAUCUAGAAGGUGGAAGAGGAGUAGAUGAAGAAGGUGUUGAAGAAGCCUUUGAGCUUCUACAUGAAACCAACGAGCGUGUACGGACUGGACUUUGGGUGGGGGAUUGUUUCAUUUACAACAACUCUUCCUGGAGGCUCAAUUACUGUGUUGGGGGAGAGGUAACCACCAUGUACCAUUUGGACCGCCCCAUGUACUUGUUAGGUUAUCUUGCUAGCCAAAGUCGGGUGUAUCUUAUUGAUAAAGAAUUCAACGUUAUUGGAUACACUUUACUUCUCAGCUUGAUUGAGUACAAGACUCUUGUCAUGCGCGGUGACUUAGAAAGGGCCAAUGAAAUCUUACCGUCAAUUCCUAAAGAUCAGUACAAUAAUGUUGCACGCUUUUUGGAAUCACGAGGCAUGGUGGAACAUGCUCUGGAUGUAGCCACUGAUCCUGAUUACAGAUUUGAGCUAGCCAUACAGCUUGGUAGAUUAGAAGUUGCACAGGAAAUCGCAUCAGAGGUGCAGAGUGAGUUGAAGUGGAAGCAGUUGGGAGAAUUGGCUAUGUCUAAUGGCAAGUUGGAAAUGGCUGAAGAGUGCAUGAGGCGGGCAAUGGACUUGAGUGGACUAUUGUUGCUCUAUUCUUCUCUAGGAGAUGCGGAUGGGAUUUCGAAACUUGCGGCUCUAGCAAAAGAACAGGGAAAGAAGAAUGUUGCUUUCUUGUGCUUGUUCAUGUUGGGUAAAUUAGAAGAGUGCCUGCAGCUAUUAGUGGAAAGUAAUCGGAUACCCGAAGCUGCUUUAAUGGCUCGCUCUUAUCUUCCGAGCAAGGUUUCAGAGAUUGUUGCUAUCUGGAGAAAAGACCUCAGCAAAGUCAAUUCAAAAGCUGCAGAAUCCUUGGCGGAUCCGGAGGAAUAUCCAAAUCUGUUUGAGGAUUGGCAAGUUGCAUUGUCUGUGGAAUCGAAAUUCGGCGACAUACGGGGUGUUUACGCUCCGGCAGAAGACUAUAUAAACCAUGUUGAUAAACCUAACGUUACACUUGUGGAGGCUUUUAGAAACAUGCAGAUUGACGAGCGUCUUGAAAAUGGAGAGUACGAGCACGAGGUUGGUGAAGAGCAGAUAGAGGAAGAACACAACACCACCACGGAGGCAGCAACUGGAGAAGGAAGCCAACAUGAAGAGGCAGUUGUGGUGGAUGCUGAUUCCAUGGACGGUGGAGUACUCGUUAAUGGGAAUGAGGCCGAGGAACAGUGGGUACUUACACCACACGAAUAGGUGCCCAUCAACAACAAUCAUAUGUUCUGAUAGUAGCAUUCUCACUAUUAAAAGGUAAGAGACUCCUGUCCUCGAACGAUGCCCUCUGAAGCGAAAAAUUGGGGAAUGCUCUUUGCUUGAAUGAUUAUGGUCUCAGUGGCUGCAUAAAAUGGAACUAUUACGCGAAAUCUUAAUUGUCAUAAGCCCCACAGGGGAAUAUGAUUUGGUAGCUAGCUUGUGAGAUGAAUCAGUCGUGCUGAGUCUUGAAACGUGAUUGCUUGUCAUAUUGGUGCAAAACCGUAGGGGUCGUUUGGUAAGCACGUAAUGUAGAAUUCAUGUAUUUGAAGAAUUCAUGUAUAUUGUAGGUUGAGUUGUGAGAACUUGUGUAAUAUUAGAUGCAUUGUUUGGCUUGCAUUAGUUCAUGGUAGAACCCACAUAAUUUGGCAUGAAAUCUCAAAUACUUUGGGUAAACCCAAAGCAUUUGAGAUAUCAUGGUCACAUGAAUUCUAGAAUUACAUGGUGCACCAAUAUCAUGAUAUCUGUCCAAAAAUGAAACAAGAAAAAUAGUGAAAUCACAGAUAUCAUGUAUCAUGUAAUCUUGAAAUCUGGGUAAAUUUGAACCUUGGGCGUGCAGAAUAUAAUCUUUUUCUUUAUGGUGUGUUCUUCUGAUCUUCUCCAGGUUUGUUUCCAGAUUUGCUUGGAAGAGCCGACUGUCAUUAGAUGCUGGUUGUUACAGUUGAGGCGGCUUGGCUCGUAAUUACUUCGAAUUUUGAUAAUAGGCAACAUUUAUAGUAAUCAAACAAGAUUCAUAGCUUAGUUGCCCCCCGUUUUCUCCCUUCGAUUUUUCAUGUAGUUGUGUCCUAGGGUAUUCUUUGCUGAGGCUUCUAUAUGUCAGUUGUGCCAUUGUGAAUGUAGAAAAAGAUGGAGACAAAUUAUUUUAUUUUCCAUAUAUUUUUUUCCCUGUGAUCUCUUUGCUCCUGCCCUGAUGACUGGUUUUAUAGAAAUUCCUGGGUGUAUGCUUCUUUUCUUCUUCCAGUUAAAUGGUUGUUGAGGCAGUUUUGAUAUGCUGAGAACUUUUACUGGUGUCUCUAUGUUUUGAGAACUGGCGUAAUUUGAUCUUUAUGGUUCAACGUAGAAAAUUUUUAUCUACCCAUUCCUAAUGGAAAAUUCGCUGUUCCAGCAGAAAGUAGUUAUGUAGGGAAGGGCAGAUGAGCCAUAACAUCCUCGCAGUUGCAGACCUGAAACAUGAAAACAAACACAGUCCGCAAGUGCACAACAAUCACAGGACAUAAAAGUACAACUUUAGA